AUGAUGUUCCCAGGCCUCCUCGCACCCCCCGCGGGGUACCCCAGCCUCCUGCGCCCCACGCCCACCUUAACGCUGCCCCAGUCCCUGCAGUCCGCAUUUUCUGGCCACUCCAGCUUCCUGGUGGAGGAUCUGAUUCGCAUCAGCCGGCCUCCCGCUUACCUGCCCCGCAGCUUACCCACCGCCAGCAUGUCGCCCCCUAGGCAGGGGGUGCCCACGACUCUCACAGACACCGGGACCUCAGACCUGGGCUCCCCGAGUCCGGGCAGUCGACCAGACGGUUCACCUCAGACGGCCGCCUCACCUGCCAGCGAGCCCACGUUUCUGAAGUUUGGGGUGAACGCCAUCCUCUCCUCAGCGCCCAGAACAGAAACAUCCCCCGCCUUGCUCCAGAGCGUUCCUCCCAAGACUUUCGCCUUUCCCUACUUCGAAGGCUCCUUCCAGCCUUUCAUCAGAUCUUCUUAUUUCCCAGCGUCCUCAAGCGUCGUGCCCAUCCCGGGGACCUUCUCCUGGCCGCUUGCGGCCCGCGGCAAGCCUCGCCGGGGCAUGCUGCGCCGAGCCGUGUUCUCCGACGUGCAGCGCAAGGCGCUGGAGAAGAUGUUCCAGAAGCAGAAGUACAUCAGCAAGCCCGACCGCAAGAAGCUGGCGGCCAAGUUGGGCUUGAAAGACUCACAAGUGAAAAUCUGGUUCCAGAAUCGACGCAUGAAGUGGCGGAACUCCAAGGAGCGUGAGCUCCUGUCUAGCGGGGGCUGCCGAGAGCAGACCCUUCCCACCAAACUCAAUCCGCACCCAGACCUCAGUGACGUUGGCCAGAAGGGCCCGGGGGACGACGAAGAGGAAGACGAGGGCCAGGGCAGCCCCCGCCACCGCCUAGUCUAUCACGCAUCCCCCGACCCUCGGCACCUGAGGGACCCGCGGCUGGAAGGGCCUCUGCCCGCCUCGCCCGCGCACUCGAGCAAGCCUUCGGACUUCUCCGAUUCCGAGGAGGAUGAGGAGGGCGAAGAGGAAGAGAUCACCGUGUCUUAG